AAUAAUUUGAACCUAAAUUCGUUUGUUUUUGGUCCAACUCAAAAGAGAGACUAUAGGGAAAACAUUUGAAUAUUGAGCUAAGACAACUCAAAUUUCCUCACUCAUGAGCUAGCUAAACUGCUAAAGAUAUAUGUGGCGAGUAAAAAGAGGAAUUAAAGAAAUAUGACUUCAAAAUUAGGAAAAAAAAAUUUUAAAAAAAAAUUACACUCUUUAUCCACGUAGUAAUCUUUGAUUAAAUAAUUAAUCUUUCCUUAAAUUAUUUGGUAGAUUCCAAAUCAAUAUUCAUAAUCAUAAUCAUGAUUGUUUUCCUAAUUUAAAUAAAUCUACCAACUCUACAAUCUUUGUUUCAAUUAAAUUAAAUUUUUUUUAAAAAAAAAAAACAUCUUAUAUAAUUGUUCUUAUAUUCUUAAACCCUUAUUUUUCAUUUUCUUAUUUUGAUUCCAAAUUUUAUGGUCUACCUCUCAAAAUAAUAUACCAGAAAUAGUGUUCAUUCUUCUUGAUUUUUUUUGGGAGCAAAAGAAAAUACAUCAAUUUUUUUCUUCUUGAAUUCUGGGGAUUUGAAUUUUCUUUUCUUCCCCUUCCCCUUGAAGGGGAAAUUUCCGUCUUUACAAAUUAAUAUUUUCGUCUUCAUAAUUAAUUAAUUUAGAUAUUAAUUAAACAAAUAAUUCUGGGCUUGUAAUUGAUGAUUAUGAGUUGUUUUUCAUGCAUAAAUAUACCCAAAAAGAGGUUUCCUUUUGAAGAUGAGAGGCUCUUUAAUCCUGAUUCUCCCUCUUAUUCUUACACUCCAGAUGGGAAGGAAAAUUCACAGUUUGAAAAUGCAGAUCAUGAUAGAAAAACAGGGUCCUUAGGUGAUAAGCAGAAUGUGGUUGAUACAAUAGAUGCCACUGCAGCUCAGAGCUUCAGUUUCCAAGACCUUGCAGUCGCGACAAAGAACUUUAGGGAGUCUAAUUUGAUCGGAGAAGGUGGCUUUGGGAAGGUUUAUAAGGGUCGUUUGGAUAAUGGACAGUUAAUUGCUGCUAAAAGGCUUAAUUUGGACAGCCUUCAAGGCAAUCAGGAGUUCAUCAUUGAAGUUUUGAUGUUAAGCUUGCUGCAUCAUGAAAACCUGGUCACUCUGACUGGCUAUUGUGCUGAAGGCGAUCAAAGAAUCUUGGUUUACGAGUACAUGCCCAAGGGCAGCUUGGCUGACCAUCUUUUCGAUCUUGAGAGUGACAAAGAUGCCCUGGAUUGGAAUGCGCGGGUAAAGAUUGCUGCUGGUGCUGCACGCGGACUAGAGUAUCUACACUGUGUUGCAAAGCCACCUGUAAUCUAUCGCGAUCUCAAGUCAGCCAACAUCUUGUUGGAUAACGAGUUCAACCCAAAGCUCUCGGAUUUUGGACUUGCAAAGCUCGGUCCUAUGGAUGACAAUACUCAUGUGUCAACAAGGGUGAUGGGAACAUUUGGAUAUUGUGCUCCAGAAUAUGCUAUGACUGGAAAACUUACCUUAAAAUCUGACAUCUUCAGUUUUGGCGUAGUCUUGUUGGAAAUUGUUACAGGAAGGAAGGCAUUCGACAUUACAAAGAGGCAUGGCCAUCAGAGUCUAGUUGUUUGGUCUCGUCCCUAUUUGAAAUAUCGACGAAAGUACAUUGACAUAGUAGAUCCUCGGCUGAGGGGGAAGUUCCCUACCCGCUCUGCCCGUCACCUGAUUGCUGUUACCUCCAUGUGUUUAAACGACGAACCAAACCUACGACCCUGUAUGAGCGACAUUGUGGUGGCACUUGACUACUUAGCCAAUGAAUGCCAGUCACCCCCAAGUGCAUCUUCAACUGCCCAAAGUACCCCGACACGUUCGAGCACUUUGACAACGGAACAGCAGGCUAAUCCCUACUCUCCAAAGAAACUCUCCUCAAAGGAGGACUCUCCAAGCAAGCAGACAAUUAAAUGAGGAGAGGGCAAUCAGUCGAACUUAAAUGAGAUGAAUGCUUUUUCGUCAUAUUAGUAUGCUCGUCUAAUCUCUAAAUUUGCUUAGCAUCAAGGACAAGAAAAGUGAAACUCAUAAAAUGGAGAGGAUAUGGAGCAAUUUUUUAUGUACAAGAUGGAAAAGAAGAAUAUCUUUAUCUAUAUAUGCUGUGCAAUAAAAAUCGGUUAACAUCGCAAAAAGAUAUUAUUUUUUGCCUCCAUAUUAAAGAUUGAAUGUGGAAAGCAACAAUAUACAUAUCCAUUUAUGCUCCACAGACUUCAUAGUUUAAGGUAAAACUAAUUACACCGCUCGUGCGUGAAAAUGCAAGCUUAUAGAACCACAACAAUGGCCCUGGUGAGCUGAAAGGUUUUAGACACACCCAAAGGAGUGAUGUGCAUCCACAAUGUAAUGCUCGUCCAUAUGUGCCUUGAAAUUUUUUCGAGAUCGUAACUAGUUUUUACGCUAGAAGAUCUGCUGGUCAGAAUUAUAUAGGAGAUUUGCUAGUAACGGUUACUUCCAACAGUACGAAAAUGCAAUAUGCUCCUACUAGUUCAUCCAUUUCACAAUACAUGUCAUGCGUGAAUCUAGAGUGACUAAUAAAUAAGAUAACAUAAAAGAAAAAAGAAAUACUUCAUAACUCAUCUUUUAAUACUAGCAAGAUGAAUAAGAUUUAACAUAAAAGAACGAAAGAUGUACUACGUAUUUCACAAGGCUCCCAAAACAUUUGAGAUGAUAGUCAUGAGACCCCCUCUAAACAGAUUA